UGUUUGGGUUAGAUCCGUUUCGGUCAGUUCUUUAGUUUGCUGUAAAAAACUACUAUUAUUAAGUAAAAGCUAGUUCAUUUAUAAAUUUAUAAUGCAAAAUUCUGACCAAAUGAUGGAAGAAUGUUGUGAAGAUUUAUUUGGCAUACGCUUAGAUCCACCAGAUAGGCGUGAUAAAUGUGAUAAUUGCAAGCGACCAUCUGUAGUUUGUUGGUGUCAGUCAUUACCAAAUCCGCCAAUUAACAUUAAGUCUUCUAUAGUUAUACUCCAACAUCCUGCCGAAGAGAAACGAUCCUUGCGCACAGCCUUAAUGUUGCAACUUGGUGUAACACCAGGAAAAUGUGUUGUAUAUAAGGGAAAACGCUUUCCAUCGACUAAAAAUCAAGCUGAGCUUGAACCAAUAUUAAAUUCGCCAAAUUCUUUACUUCUCUACCCCAGUAAGGACUCUGUGCCUAUAGAAAAUCUUUGCUCACAGAUAAUUGCACCGUCUGAAGAUGCACAUUUUACAUUAGUGCUUAUCGAUGGUACCUGGCCGCAAGCAAAAGCUAUUUACGCCAGUAGUCCCAUACUACAUCGCAUGCGACAGGUAAAACUAAUAGCUGCGGGCAAUAGUGAUUACAUUAUACGCACACAACCCACCGAAGGCUGUCUCAGUACCCUUGAAACUGCUGCACAAGCUUUAUCCAUUCUGGAGCAACGUAGUGAACUGCGACAAUUAUUAGUACGUCCGUUGCAUACGUUAUGCAAGUACCAGUUAGAUAAUGGAGCUGUUGAACAUCAGUCGAAAGAGUUUCGCAUAAAAAAUCAACAAUAUCCCAAACAAAUCGGCAAGCGCCUAAAUCGUUUGCUCAAUUACAGCACAAUUUGUAGACCCGAAGCGACCGAAGAGAAUGUGGCAAAUAGAAUCGAUACAACAUUGCAACAGCAGCAACAAAGAACGUGAAAGUGGGCAUAACUAAUCCAAAAUCACUUUAGGAAAAUACUAUACUUACAUAUUAUGUAGAAAUAAUGCAUUUAUUGAAUUUGUCAUAGCUAGUUUAUAAAGUAAUAUACAUAUUUACAAAGCUAAACCAAAUUAAAAAAAAAGCAUGUAGAUAAUUUA